GGUUUGGACUUUGGACAGAUCGAGGAUUUAUAGAGAGCACUAGUAGCGGCGGCAGCAGAUUUAGGGUUUUGAGAGCAGAAAGCACAAGCAGCAGCAGCAGCCAUGGUUCUCAAGACUGAGCUUUGCCGCUUCAGUGGCGCCAAGAUCUACCCUGGCAGGGGCAUCAGAUUCAUCCGCUCUGAUUCUCAGGUUUUCCUGUUCGUGAAUUCCAAGUGCAAGAGGUACUUCCACAACCGCCUCAAGCCGUCCAAGAUCACAUGGACUGCCAUGUUCAGAAAGCAGCACAAGAAGGACUCUGCUCAAGAGUCUGUGAAGAAGAAGCGCCGUGCCACCAAGAAGCCUUACUCAAGGUCCAUUGUUGGUGCCACUUUGGAGGUCAUCCAGAAGAGGAGGACCGAGAAGCCUGAGGUCCGUGACGCUGCUCGCGAGGCCGCUCUCCGUGAGAUUAAGGAGAGAAUCAAGAAGACCAAGGAUGAGAAGAAGGCAAAGAAAGCAGAAAUCACAGCCAAGUCAAGCAAGCCUACCAAGGGUAAUCUGUCCAAGGCUGCAGCCCCCAAGGGCCCCAAGCUUGGUGGUGGAGGUGGAAAGCGAUGAAUGCUUGGUUUCUCUGUUUGUGUGGAGGACAGAGGUGACUUGUUUGGUUGUGUCCUUUGUGAACAAUAUUUGGGUUCCAGGAACGCUGAGAUUAGCAGAUGUUUUCAACAAACCUAAAGAGGGAAGCAAGGGGUCUUCUUUCUGGCCAGUGCUUUUGGAUCUUCAGAAGCUUUCUUGUACACCCUGUGCUUGUUGGGUUGUAUUUCUUAGUCUGCAUUUUAGACACUGUGUGGUGUUUCAAGUCUUACAAUGUUUUCCACCUAAAUUGACUUUAAUCUAGGUUGGCGACAUGCCAUGGUUAUUGUCUCUUAA